AAGUAGAACUGGAACUUCCGGCAAAUGACUACAUAGCGAAAGGUGAAAGUGCUGUUGUUUGUUAUCAAAAUCGUUGUUUGUUUUCAGUUUCUGGUCAUAAUAACCAACAACAGAUCAACUUUCGCGGCUAUUAACAAGGAAACAUAGAAAGUACUCAGACUUUGAGCUCUGAAGUUUGUGUUUGGACAACUGUUAGCGAACAUUAGCACACGAGCUAACCGGCUAGCUCGCUCAGCUGAUACCCGGACGCAGAAACCUGGAGCUGGACGCGCUCCGUGUCGGACCUCUAACCCGUGUUAGAACCGUUUCUCCUGCGCUCAGAACGGAGAAUCUUCCCGUUUCAUGUGUGACCUGGGGCCGGUUUGGACUUUUUAAUGGGAGGCGGCUUGCUUUGGAGGAGUGGACACUGCGGGCGCCAGUUGCGAAGAAAGCGGAGGUCCUGGCUACCUGUCGGGCUCAGAUGGAGUCUCUGGCCGGGUACGUGUACAAGGCAGCCAGCGAGGGCCGAGUCCUGACCCUGGCCGCGCUGCUGCUCAACCACUCGGAGGGAGAGACCCGGUACCUGCUCAGCUACGUGACCCAGCUCGCCGGACAGAGGUCCACCCCGCUCAUCAUCGCGGCCCGGAACGGACACGAUAAAGUGGUCCGGCUGCUCCUGGACCAUUACCGAGUGGACACGGAACAGACCGGCACGGUUCGGUUUGAUGGCUACGUCAUCGACGGGGCCACGGCGCUGUGGUGUGCAGCAGGGGCGGGGCACUUUGAGGUGGUGCGCCUGCUGGUGAGUCACCAUGCCAAUGUUAACCACACCACCAUCACUAACUCCACCCCCUUGCGGGCGGCGUGCUUCGACGGGCGCCUCGACAUCGUCCGCUACCUGGUGGAGAACAGCGCUGACAUCAGCAUCACCAACAAGUACAACAACACCUGUCUGAUGAUCGCCGCCUACAAGGGCCACACGGACGUAGUGAAGUUCCUGCUGGAGCAGGGGGCGGACCCCAACGCCAAGGCCCACUGCGGGGCCACCGCCCUGCACUUUGCAGCUGAGGCGGGUCAUCUGGACAUCGUCAAGGAGCUGGUGCGUUGCCAGGCAGCUAUGGUGGUGAACGGACAUGGCAUGACUCCCCUGAAGGUGGCGGCCGAGAGCUGCAAAGCCGACGUGGUGGAGCUGCUGCUGACAUACGCCGACAUCGACAUCCACGACCACAUCGAGGCCCUGGAGCUGCUGGGGGCCUCAUUCGCCAACGACCGAGAGAACUACGACAUCCAGAAGGCGUACGAGUUCAUGUACAUGGCCAUGUUGGAGCGCUACAGCAACCCUGAGAAUAUCAUCGCCAAGGAGCUGCUGCCGCCCAUCGAGGCCUACGGGGGGCGCUGCGAGUGUCGGACCCUUGUGGAGCUGGAGACCAUUUGUAUGGACCGGGACGCUAUGCACAUGGAGGGGCUGAUGAUACGGGAGCGAAUCCUGGGCUCGGACAAUAUCGACUUGUCACACCCCAUCAUCUACCGCGGCGCCGUCUACGCCGAUAACAUGGAGUUUGAACAGUGCAUCAAACUGUGGCUGCACGCACUGCGUCUGCGUCAGAAAGGAAACAGAAACACACACAAAGACCUGCUGCGUUUCGCCCAGGUGUUCUCCCAGAUGGUCCACCUGAAGGAGCAGGUCCUGGCCUCGGCUGUGGAACAGGUGCUGAGCUGCAGCGUGGUCGAAAUUCAGAGAAGCAUGUCUCGAGUCGACACGGCGGCCGAGUCCGAGCUGCCGCAGGCCAUGGACAACUACGAGUCGAACGUUUUUACUUUUCUGUACCUGGCCUGCAUCUCCACCAAGACCACCUGCGGCGACGAGGAGCGUGCACGCAUCAACAAGCACAUCUACAACCUGAUCCAGCUGGACCCGCGCUCCCGUGAAGGCGCCUCCCUGCUUCAUCUCGCCAUCAGCUCCAGCACACCUGUCGACGACUUCCACACCAACGACGUCUGCAGCUUCCCGAGCGCGCAGGUCACCAAGCUGCUUCUGGACUGCGGCGCACAGGUCAACGCCGUCGACAACGAGGGAAACACCCCGCUGCACGUCAUCGUCCAGUACAACCGGCCAAUCAGCGACUUCCUCACACUGCACGCCAUCAUUAUCAACUUGGUGGAGGCCGGCGCCCACACGGACAUGACCAACAAGCAGAAGAAGACGCCGCUGGAUAAGAGCACCACGGGUGUGUCGGAGAUCCUGCUGAAGACGCAGAUGAAGAUGAGCCUGAAGUGCCUGGCAGCGCGCGCCGUUCGCCAGCACCAGAUCACCUACAGGAACCAGAUCCCCAAAACGCUCGAGGAGUUUGUGGAGUUCCACUGAAACGGACCGGAGAGGACAGAAACUUUUAAAAUAAAUUCUUAUAAUUUUCUAACCAAUCAGUGCUGAGGGGGACAUUCAGUACUUACAGCUUUUUAUAAAAAAAGUGGGCGUUUGUUUUUUUUAUUUAAUUAUUAACCGCUGAGAAGCAGCCACCACAGACGGGGAUCUGUCUGUGUCUCUGCAGCGCAGCCACUGCAAGACGCCAGGAGUGACAUCAUCGCCGCGCUGCUUCUUGAUUUUGCCUUAUCUUCUCGCCGAAGAGCCGCCAUGUUGCUGUGAUUCCACAGACUGAGUGAACGAGUGAGUGUGACGCAGAGACGAGGAGAGAGAGCUACAGGCGGAGAAAAUGAACGAAUGAAUGUACGAAUGAGACACCAACAGACAAAACCGACCUCGCCGGCGUUCAUCUCAUCUCAGACCGUAGGACGAGGUUUAUUUUACUGUAACUACGACGACGACAACAACAGAGCUGACAGAGCGAUGACACAUGAUCUGACCGCUUAUGAUCAGGCUUUAAAUUCAUUUUAAGGGUUUUUUGUGCAGACGAUAUUUCUCUUGCCGCUUUUCUCUAAAAACUGAACAACACGGCCGACGGAGUGCAGACCACCCCCAGAAAAAAAUCGUUUUACUCGCGACGAGGGGGAUUUAUUGAUUUCAGCUCUUAGUUUUAAUAAGGGGGAAAUAUUUGUGUAUAAAGCAACGUUUAGGUUUGAGCCUCAUUGAAGGUUUUCUUAAUCCUGUUGGAGGAAGAAGUGAAUGUUUAAUAAAACAUGAAGUGGCGCCGUUUGAUGCUGUGUGCGGAGUAAAGUCGGGCUGUCUGCACAGGCUCGGCCAUGUAGUGUCCUUUCAUGCUGUUGUUUUUUUGUUCUUUUAACUCCUGAGAGGCUCGUUCAUGAAUUUUUGGUUUUUUUAAGUUUUAUCUUUUAUCUUAAGACAAAAGUACAGAAACCCAGAGAAUUCCAGCAGAGAUAGAGAGAUACCCUCGUUUUUAGUAAAUUAUCAGAUUUUUUUAUAUUUAAGAAUAAAAGAUGCGGACGGACAGACGAGGACCACGUUAUGAAGAAUAACCUCAGAAAUGUUUUCAUACUUUUAACGCUCUUUUCGUUCGAUUAGCACCGACAUCAAUCUCAGAAUUUAGAAGUCUGAAUUGUUACCCAAAUAUUGUUAAUUUUUAAAUCAUGUUUAACCUCUUAGCACCGUGUCCACCUGGUGUUUGUUUUCAGUGAGGAGAGAGAGAUCGCAGAAUCAGGCUGCCAACCGGAGAAAAGCCCAGCGUCUUUUUUUUAGUGUGCUCCACCUUUUUGUGCGGCUGCUCCGAGCGCUCAAGUUGAAAAAUUGAAACUUUUCAGAAAGGCGCUGUUGACAUCACUGGUGCUCUUUUACAAACAUUUGAUAUUCCCCGUAGUUUGUCUCCUACAGAUCGUGUCUUAUACCCUUGUCCUCCUCGCUCUGUGUCUGAUUGGGAAAUAAACCAUCUCAAAUAUAAAACAUUCAGUAAAAGGAACGGAGCAGUGUCAGUCAUACAGCAGACCUUGUCAACUGUUGUCCUGGUGACAGGACAGACGUGCAGUGCUUUUCUUCUCAGUGCACAAACGCUUCGUAUCAGAGCAUACAGCCUGAAACAAAAAACCACUAGGUGGACACGGGGCCUUGAUUAGAGUCUGACCGAUCAAUCGGCCGAUCAAUCAGAAUAUUCUCAUGUAGCAAAAUCAACGACUUUUCUGACUUUAUUCUCAAAAAAUGUAACUUCUUCUUGCGACUGAUUCUGCAUAUUUUCCCCCGAUAAAUUAAUUGAAAAUGGGAGUUUGACCCUCGUCUGAGUGUACGUCAGAUUGUUUCACUGCUUCAGCUUCAGGUUUUAAGUCUGGACAAAAUAAAACAUGAAAUGUUAAAGGUUCAGUGUUUCUGUCCUGCAGCCAAAGGAUCCUCGAGCCCAUCGCAGAUUUGAUUUUAAAUCAUCUUCUGUCCUUCCGUUUAUCCGCCCGUCUGCUCGCUGACAAUCUGUUCAGCACACAGAGACUCUGGUGAAGCCUUCAGUUUUGAGUUUGAAGGGUUAGGAGUUCCUCUGAGGGCUCAUUAAUUCGCACGUAAACAACAAAACAAAGCUGUCUGUUCACCUCAACCUUUUCUAACCCCGAGGAAACCUGCAGGGAGGAGGUGAGCUUCAUUAUCUCCUCGCCGAGCAGACGGCCUCGUCUCAGGAGCACGAGGCGGUUUGUGUGUGUUCGUGUUUCUAACAAAGACUCGUCAGUCUCUUUAAGUUAUUUCAUCCAUCGACGGUAGAGACUCUCGUCUCUCACCGUCUCUCGUCCUCACAGCACAAAAUGGUCGACCUGAACGCUCGUCAAUGAUUUUGAAGAACAAGUCCGCAGCUUCCCACAACUCGAUGUGACACUUCAGUAGAUAUGGCUUUGUUUGGAAACUGUCUCAAACUGCAGAGUUAUAAAUCAGAGAAAAGAUUCAAACCGAUCACAUCACUGAAGUCUUUUCUUGUUUUUGUGGCUUUUCUUUUGUCAUGAAAAUUGUUGCCAAAUGAUUAAAUCUCAAAGAGUCUGUCGUUAAA